CGGGAGAAGACUGUAUCCUGGGCGAGGCACUGGCCGUGCUGCUGUGACUCCCUGACCCAAGGGGCCUGGCGUCCCUCUGAGGCCUAGUGAUAAAGCUGGAGGGGGUGCAGCCUCCAUCUCUGACGUUGGAGGAUCCUACCUCACCUCCAAGCACUGAGCUGGGUUCUUCCCGAGCUCCAUCCUUCCCUGAAGGAGAUGAGGGGAAGGAAAAGUAGGAUGGCUCCCCAGCAUCUUCUCCCUCUUUCUUUCCUCAACAGCCAGCCCCUCAUCCAACCCCCUAGGGUGGCAUGCCACGUCAAGAGCAACGUGUAAAGGAAAGAGAAUGUCCAAUGCGGCCAAGCCCACCCUCUCCCACCUUUCUCUCUCCCCCUAAAAGUUUGUUUGGUUGGUCUGGACUCACGUGUGGCCUUUGAUUAAAUUUCUAAGGGACCUGAAGGAGGCAUUUCUACUGCAGAGGGUUAGAGGCACCUGAGCAAGGACCCCACUCCCCAACUCUGGCAGUAGUGGCUGGGAAGGCAUUUCUGGAGAACAAACCAGACAAGCUAAUAAGAAAUCACAGGGCAGCAGAAGCUGUUUAGUAGUCCCUAAGUGGGUUAUAUCCCUUCCCCCAUCAUAUCAGAAUCUUGUGAAAUGGGAAACCAACAGAAGGAGGGGAUCAAAGGACUCCAGUCUCUCACACACUUUCCAGGCACAGCAGAGGUGAGAGUCAAACCCGGGCGAGAGGUGGGUGGAGAGCCCUGUUUGAGGUUGUGGCUGAUCCCUGGUACUAGCUUUUCCCCUGGGGGCAGGAAGCCCUAGGAAGAGGGUACUGUAGGGUCCCCAGAGGAUCUUUCCUCCCUCCCCUGCAUGAGGCAGAGGCAAGCUGCCUGCCAACCCCCUCCCUCAAGGAAUGGCCUUGCCUGGGAAUGCCCACCACACACAAACUCUUCUUUUUUUCUAGUCAAACUCUGUUUACUCCUUGGCCUGCCUCCCUCUUCCUCCCCUCUCAACCUUUACUUCUAAUUUGUAUUUCAUGGAAUUUGGGAUUGAAGUUAAACUACAACAGUGCCACCAACACCAAGUCUUGCAGGAAAAAAAAUAUACAAAGAAAUUUAACAAAAAAAAAUAUAUUAAUAAAAAAUUUCAAAAAAAGGGGGGGGAAAUUGUCCUCUCCUUUGGGUGUGAUGGCUUGAAACCAAGCUCUCAGAGGCUCUCCGGGUAAAGGAGCCCUCUUGGGGACCCCCAGGCCUGUUAUUACACUCUCGCCGGCCCUAAAUAAUUAAGAGUUCUUUCCCCUCAACUCCAAACCAGGAAGGCCUGAGCUAGAGGAUUCAAGAUUGCUCUGCUGGUCGGCUCAGGAGGGGCGGGGUCCCGUGAUGGGGGCGGGGAGAGGGAAGGACCAAACCAAGUGCCAACGCUCGACGGGGCUAGUACCAGGAAGCGCUGUGGGGAGAGGAGCGGAGUUGAGACUGAAGCCAGGUGAGGCUGGCGUUAGGGCUGGCGUCCUGGUGUGGGGAAGCUGAGGCCGCCUGAGAAGUGAACGGCGGUUCCGGAGGAAGAAAAAGCGCUGGGCUCUAGAAGGAAGGGAAUGGCUAACCUAGAGAUGGGAAACCAGGUGUACACGGAGGGAAAAGAGGAUGGUGGCGUCCUCGUCCUUGCUGAAGCUUCAGGAUCUAAUCCAGGAGAUUCGUGAGGCCAAGACCCAGGCCCAGGAGCGGGAGGUGAUCCAAAAGGAGUGCGCCCACAUCCGGGCCUCCUUCCGCGAUGGGGACCCUCUGCACAGGCACCGCCAGCUGGCCAAACUGCUCUACGUCCACCUGUUAGGCUACCCCGCCCACUUUGGACAGAUGGAGUGCCUGAAACUGAUCGCCUCCCCCAGGUUCACAGACAAGAGGGUGGGCUACCUGGGGGCCAUGCUUCUACUGGAUGAGAGGCAGGAUGCCCACCUGCUCAUUACCAACAGCAUCAAGAAUGACCUGAGCCAAGGGAUUCAGGCUGUACAAGGCCUGGCCCUGUGCACUCUGAGUGCCACGGGCUCUGCUGAGAUGUGCCGGGACUUGGCCACUGAGGUGGAGAAACUGCUCCUGCAGCCUAGCGCCUAUGUGCGCAAGAAGGCUGUUCUGACUGCAGUGCAUAUGAUCCGGAAGGUCCCUGAGCUCUCCAACAUCUUCCUCCCACCCUGUGCCCAACUGCUUCAUGAACACCACCACGGCAUCCUGCUGGGCACCAUCACGCUGAUCACAGAACUCUGCGAACGAAGCCCUGCGGCCCUCAAGCACUUUCGAAAGAUGGUGCCCCAGCUGGUGCACAUCCUCCGGACUCUGGUGACGACGGGAUACUCCACAGAACACAGCAUAUCUGGAGUCAGCGACCCCUUCCUGCAGGUCCAGAUACUUCGUCUGCUUCGGAUUCUGGGCCGGAACCACGAGGAGAGCAGUGAGACCAUGAAUGACUUGCUGGCCCAGGUAGCCACGAACACAGACACCAGCCGAAAUGCGGGCAACGCGGUCCUGUUUGAGACGGUGCUCACCAUCAUGGACAUUCGCUCUGCAGCAGGCCUGCGGGUUCUAGCUGUAAACAUUCUUGGCCGCUUCCUGCUCAACAGUGACAGGAACAUUAGGUACGUAGCCCUGACGUCCUUGCUGAGGCUGGUGCAGUCUGAUCACAGUGCUGUGCAGCGGCACCGCCCCACCGUGGUGGAAUGUCUACGGGAACCUGAUGUGUCCCUCAGCCGGCGGGCCUUGGAACUGAGCCUGGCUCUGGUGAAUAGCUCCAACGUGCAAGCCAUGACACAGGAGCUGCAGGGUUUUCUGGAGUCCUGCCCCCCUGAUCUACAGGCCGACUGUGCCUCAGGCAUCCUGCUGGCAGCAGAGAGGUUUGCCCCAACCAAGCGGUGGCACAUAGACACCACCCUACGUGUGCUGAUGACGGCAGGCACCCAUGUGCGCGAUGACGCAGUGGCCAACCUGACCCAGCUGAUUGGGGGCGCCCAGGAGCUCCAUGCCUACUCUGUGCGCCGUCUCUACAGCGCCCUGGCUGAGGACAUCUCCCAGCAACCGCUGGUGCAGGUGGCAACCUGGUGCAUCGGGGAAUAUGGGGACCUCCUGCUGGAAGGGAGCUGUGAGGAAACUGAGCCCCUGCAGGUGGAGGAAGAGGAGGUGUUGGCACUGCUGGAAAGGGUGCUGCAGUCCCAUAUGUCCCUGCCGGCCACCCGAGGAUAUGCCCUCACAGCCCUCGUGAAGCUCAGCACCCGGCUCCGUGGGGACAACAACCGCAUCCGCCAGGUUGUGUCCAUCUACAGCAGCUGCCUGGACGUGGAGUUGCAGCAGCGGGCGGUGGAGUAUAACACCCUCUUCAGGAAGUAUGACCACAUGAGGGCUGCCAUCCUGGAAAAGAUACCUCUUGUGGAGCGAGGUAGCUCUCAGGUUGAUGAGGAAGCAAAGGAAAGCAAAGAAACAGCCCAGCUUUCGGAAGCAGCCCCUGUCCCCACAGAACCCGAGGCCUCAAAGCUCUUGGAUCUGUUAGAUCUCCUGGAUGGCCCUUCUGGGGACGCCCAGCACCCUCCCCCUCUGGAUCCCACCCCAGGAGGCACUUUGAUACACCUCCUCAACCUUCCCUGUGCUCCCCCACCCCCUGCUCCCAUCCCACAUCUCAGAGUGUUUGAGCGCGAAGGACUACAGCUGGAUCUUUCUUUCGUUCGACCCCCUGGAACCCCUACUUUGCUGUUGAUCACUGUCACUGCCACCAACACCUCAGGGGGUGAUGUCACCCACUUCAUCUGCCAGGCCGCUGUGCCCAAGAGUUUCCAGCUGCAGCUACAGGCUCCCAGUGGGGACACAGUUCCAGCUCAGGGUGGCCUUCCGAUGACCCAGCUCCUCAGAAUCCUCAAUCCUAAGAAGGCCCCCUUGCGGCUGAAGCUGCGCCUCACCUACAACCACUUUGGCCAGUCGGUGCAGGAAAUCUUUGAGGUGAACAACUUGCCUGUGGAGACGUGGCAGUAACUCGGCCUCCACUCACAGCCUGAAACCCUCCUGCGUCCCCAAGCCCAGGGGAGCCGCUAUCUGAGGACAGCCAGCAGGUGGCACUCUGGUCCUGUACUUGCCACUGGGGUGGGGGGGCUGCCCCCAACCCUACAAAUAGUGAAAGCCCAAUAAAGCCUGAGGGGGGAAGCCAUAUUUGAGGUAGAAAACGUGUGUGAAGCACAGCCAGGGAAGAGCCUUCUUACACAGGAAGUAGGUAUCUUGCCCUAAGCCUUUGGAACUGGUUUCAACAAAGAAAGGUUUUCUUUUUACCCCUUUCCAGGCUGGGGGGCAAAUGUGCCCCUAAACUUCCACAGGAGGCACUCUACCCUCUGGGCCAGAGCAGGGCACAGGGGCAACAUCAAACCAGAAUUUCUAGAUUUCUAACAGGGACUCCCACCCAUUUCCCCAGCCUUCUGCUAUUCCCCGUACCCCAGGGCAGGGAAAUCCCUGCUGCCUCCCCUCAUCUCUAACUCAGCUGUAAGGCGGUUUAGGAGCCGCUGGCAGAAUCAAUGGCAUCGACCAAGGGAGGGAGGGUGGCAAGGGAUUUUCCUGUGCUUAACUACUGAUCACGGCUAAGUGGAAAUCCUAUAAACACGAGCGGAAAUCAAUGGAGGCUGCUUAGCGGCCAGGGGAGAGGGGCGGCCCACAGAUUGCAUCUGACGGAUGAGGGAGAGGGGGCAGCCAGGGAGGGCUCCAGGAAGGAUAGCUGAGGGUAGGGGGAAGGAACAGGCGGAGCUGGAGAGAGAGGAGUCACCGCGGGAAGGGGAGCCAGAGAGGAAGAGGCACAGUGAGCCCAGGAAUGAACCUCAUUCGACCCGGAGCUUUCUUCCCCAUCGGGCAAGUGACACCCUAGCCCAGUGUCACGUCUGGAUCUUCCAGUCCCCUAAGGCUUCUCUGUGGAGCUGUACACUUCUAGCAGGCGCUGAUAGUCCUGAGGCCGGAAGCGCUGUAGGUACACAAUCAGCUUGGCAGGUGCCGUCUCCUGCGCCAGCACACCUACAGGCAAAAGGA